CUAACAAUUCCUGCAACACUACACCUAGCGAGAUCACCCCCAACCAGAUUUGGUAAGGCGGUGUGCCAUACCUCGCGAGGCACCAGGACCAAAAGGACGCAACGGCAAACUUGCAAGGUAACGCAGGGAAAAGGCCGGGUUUUGCGUACGGGAUAAUCAGAUUAGGGUUAAGCAUAUACAGACCUCACACAUACCUCAGGGCGUGCGGCGACAUCCACCACAGCACCCGCCACCAACUUCACACCUUCCGUCGCUCUCAACAUCCACAUUCUCUACACCAUCGAAGACGCGCCCUGGGGAGGCUGCUGCAUACCCACCGACACACACACACACACGACACUUCUUACAAACAUACAAUGCGCACCUCCCGCAUCUCCCAAGACACCACCCGCGCCCUCAACGCCACCACCGCCGCCGCCGCACACACCCCCCGAAGCACGCCCCUCACACGCAGCGCACUCGCGCAGUUCUCACUCAACGCCGGGUCUGCUGCGAUCCCAUCGGUAGGAGGGGGAUGGGAUAUCGAGGAUGCGAUCCCAGCCGGUGGGGAAGGGAAGAGGAAGCGGGGUGCCGCUGUGGCUGCGGGAAAUGGGGGUGUGAAGAAAGAGGAGGGUAGGGAUGAUAAGGCAGCGUGGGGGGGGAAGGGUGAGGAGAUUUCGGACUCGGAAUUAUCGUCUGCGCCUUCGAGUCGUGCGAUUACCCCGCCGGUAAGGAGUGCGAGGAGGCAGCCUGUUAAGCGGAUUAAGCGCUCUCCCCCUCUGCCGACGACCGGCGCAGCAGGUCCACAGAACUGGGAGCGCAUCUACGACCUCGUUAUGAAGAUGCGGACGAAUGGUGGGGUAGCGGCCGACGCAGCGGUGGAUACCAUGGGGUGCCACACCCUCGCGCAACCCGACGCCUCACCGCGGGACCAGCGGUUCCAGACGUUGGUGUCGCUGAUGAUGUCGAGUCAGACGAAGGAUACGACGAAUUAUGUUGUGAUGCAGAAGCUUUACAAGGAGUUGCCCGCCGCAACACCAGGGGGAAGGCCGGGGUUGAAUUUGGAGAAUAUACUUGCUGUGCCUGCGGAGCGGCUGAAUGAGUUGAUCUGGGCGGUGGGGUUCCAUAAUAAUAAGACGCGGUAUAUUAAGGGCGCUGCGGAGAUACUGCGGGAUGCGCAUGGGGGGGAUAUUCCAGACACAGCGGAGGGAUUGAUGGCGUUGCCGGGUGUUGGGCCGAAGAUGGCAUAUCUGUGUCUCUCGGCGGCGUGGGGGCGGGUGGAGGGGAUAGGGGUUGAUGUGCAUGUGCACCGGAUUACGAAUUUGUGGGGGUGGCAUGGGCGCGGGGGGACGAAGGGGCCGGAGGAGACGAGGGGGAGGCUGGAGGGGUGGGUGCCGAGGGGGAGGUGGGCGGAGAUUAAUUGGUUGUUGGUGGGGUUUGGGCAGACGGUUUGUAUGAGUGAGAGGGGGAGGAGGAGGUGUGGGGAGUGUGAGGUUGGGUUGGAGGGGUUGUGUAGUGCGGUGGAUGGGGUGAAGGUUAGGGUGGGGAGGGAGAGGAGGAGGAGGGAGGAGAGGGAGGGGUUGAAGGUUGAGUUUGAGGGGAAGGGGGAGGAGGGGAAAGAAAAGGGGAAGAAAAAGGAGAAGAAGGAGGAGAAGAACGACGUGAAUGGUGUCAAGGAAGAGAUGGUUGAUGAGGGCGUGUUAGAAUCGGUUGAGAAGAAGGAGGAGGAAACUGAAACGAAUGGAAUCAAGGAAGACGUUAUAAAUGGAGUUGAGAUCAAGGGGCAGGAUGAAGAAGUGGAGCAGAAGGUUAUGAAGGAGGAGUCUAGGGACUGA